GUCAGAAUUUUGCUACGUGGUCGUGAUGGUUCUUGUUACCACCGAGUGCGCACAACAGAUAGAGCUGCUGCUGCGGUUCAUUAUCUGAUGGAGAAAUGCUGCAUGCAUAGCUUAGCCAUUGCCUUUACGAGCUGGCCAAGUGCUUGUUGGCGUGUUUAAACCCUCUCUGACAAACAUGAAAAGAACUCGUCGUUGAAAAUGCACUUCUUGACGCGGACUCACUCGCUGGGGGAAGUGCUGUCGGUGGUGAACUUUUACUGCCUAAAUUAAGGCAGCAGCCGUCGUGCUUCGCAGUCUUGCACCAGAACCGAGCGCUCCGUGGCCGAGGAGUUGCUGCCCGCUCCUGAGGCGCAGGGUUCUGAAGGGAGCGGCGGGGCGGGCUCGGGCUCGGGGCGGCCUUUGCCGCGAGCGCUCCCGCUGUCUAGCGGCUUCGGGUAGAAUAAAGCCUCAGUUUCACCUCUCGGGGCAGAGCGAGGGCGCGUGUGAGGGCAUGGCAGGCCGGUGGGGUACACGCAGCCCUCGCGGGGAAUGCCCUCCUCGAGCACGAAGGGCAGAGAUAGCUUCUUCCCUCCUCGCGGGCGGGAGGGGGAGGGCAUCGCCCGCGUUGUCCCACUCCUUCCUUCCGCCCCCCCCCGCCCCGGGAACGCAGGUGUCGGACGGGGCAUUGCUGUCCGCAGUACCAUGGCGGGGGCUUCGAGGGACAGCCCGGAGCGUGAGGAGGAGAAGGAACACAGCUUAUCAGUUUGCAGCAAGUUAUGCUAUGCCAUAGGAGGUGCCCCAAAUCAAGUGGCAGGAAGUGCAGCUUCCUUCUUCCUGCAGAUCUACCUGCUGGAUAUAGCCCAUAUUACUCCAUUUCAUGCCUCUUUGGUGCUGUUUAUUGGCAAAGCCUCAGGAGCUGUUACUGAUCCCGUUGCUGGCUUUUUUAUUAGCAAAAGUAGAUGGACAAGAAUUGGCCGGCUCAUGCCUUGGAUGCUGGCAUGUACACCCUUCACAGUAGUCUCCUACUUUUUCAUGUGGUACCUGCCUCCUUUUGUAUCAGGAAGGGUUGUGUGGUACUUGACUUUCUACUGCAUUUUUCAAGCACUGACCACAUUAUUCCAAGUACCAUAUUCUGCUCUCACCAUGUUUCUCAGCACAGACCAGAAAGAGAGAGAUUCUGCAACAGCGUACCGAAUGACAGUGGAAGUCCUUGGGACCUUGGUUGGAGCUGCACUUCAGGGGCAAAUUGUGGCCAGUGCUCAUCUCUCUCAUCACUGCACUUUGAACCUCCCAGUAAACACCACCAGCCCUCCCCCCUCCUUGAACAGCACUUCUGGCUUUCCCGAGCCUUCAGACCCCUUGUCUCAUCAAGCAAAAGUCUAUAUGAUUGCAGCAGGGGUUAUAGGAGGUAUAUAUCUUCUUGGAAUUAUCAUUCUUUUCCUUGGAGUAAAGGAAAAAGAUGAUCCUUAUGCCUUGGUUCAGACAGUAGCAAUCCCUUUUUGCAAGGGGCUAGGACUCACCAUGAAGCACGGCCCAUAUGUGAAACUUACAGCUUCAUUUCUUCUCAUCUCAACAGCAGUUCAGCUAGAGCAGAGCAACUUUGUCCUGUUCUGUACUCAUGCAGCUGAUCUUCGCUAUCACUUCCAGUAUUUGGUGGUGACCAUCUUGGUAUCAGCAGUUGUGAGCAUUCCCUUCUGGCAGAAGUUUCUGCAGCGAUUUGGCAAGAAGUGUGCAGCAUGUGGGAUUUCGUGGAUGAUUCCUUUUGCAGUCAUGCUAGUGACCAUUCCAAACCCAAUCCUGGCUUACUUCGUGGCCUUCGUCUCUGGUCUGAGCAUUGCAGCAUCUCUGCUGUUGCCAUGGUCAAUGCUGCCUGAUGUUGUUGAUAACUUUCGCCUGCAGAAUCCUCACAGGAAAGGACAUGAAACCAUUUUCUAUUCUUCUUAUGUUUUCUUUACCAAGAUGUCAGCAGGAAUCGGCCUGGGAAUUUCUGCAGCUUGCCUGGAGUUUACUGGGUACAAGCCAGGAAUAUGCAGACAAUCCAAGGAUGUGAUCCUCACUCUGAAAAUCCUCAUUGGAGCAGUUCCUGCCGUCCUCAUCCUCGUAGGUUUACUUAUACUUCUCUUCUACCCAAUCACUGAAGAAAGUCGGAAAGAAACAAAGCUUGCACUUGAAGUAUUAAGGUAG